ACAGGAGAGAGCUGCAGACCAGGGGGUCCCAUCAACACACAUAUUUCUGCUAAAUCUUCCUUUCAGCUGGAGGACACUCCCCUGAAGGGGUGAGAAGGGAAGGUAAGACGUGAUUCAGGCUCCAAGUGAGUUUCACUUCCUUGGCGUCACAGUCGGUCCAAAGUCGAAGAGGCCGUAAAACCUGGGCCAGCCUUACAGUUUUCUCCUUCCUCAUACCGAGUCGGACUCCGAGCCACAUCCAGACCGGUCCCAGGGCUUGAAGAGGACCACGGAUGAAACGAUCGUGAGGCAUCAGGAAAAAAACGGAUCGAAAUGCUGAGAAAAGGGGAGUGGGUGUGGGCCGACUCGGACCUCGGGGUGCCCAUCGGCGCCAGGGUCAGGGAGACGUCCAGGGGUCACCGGCUGCUGGUGGACGACGAUGGAAACGAGCGGAGUCUGACCCCGGAGAUGGAGCCCACCCUCAGGGUCAUGCACCCCACGUCCGUGGAGGGCGUGGACGACAUGAUCAAGCUGGGGGACAUGACGGAGGCCGGCCUGCUCCGGAACCUGCUGCUCAGACACAAGCGGAGCCUGAUCUACACCUACGUGGGCUCAGUGCUGGUGGCAGUCAACCCGUACCAGGAUUUCCCCAUCUAUUCGGAGGAAAAGGUGAAGUUGUACCACGGCCGGAAGCUCGGGGAGCUCCCCCCGCACAUCUUCGCCAUCGCCGAGUCCUGCUACUUUAACAUGACCCGUCAUCUCAGAAACCAGUGCUGCAUCAUCAGUGGGGAGUCCGGUGCCGGGAAGACAGAGAGUACCAAGCUGAUCCUGCAGUACUUGGCAGCGGUCAGCGGGGAGCUGUCCCAGCAGCAGAUCGAGCAGCAGAUCCUGGAGUCCAACCCCAUUCUGGAAGCUUUUGGAAAUGCCAAAACAAUCCGUAACGACAACUCCAGUCGCUUUGGGAAGUACCUGGAGAUUUUCUUCAACAAGGAUGGAGUGAUUGAAGGCGCUCGCGUGGAGCAGUAUCUCCUGGAGAAGUCUCGCGUCUGCCACCAGGCCUCAGAAGAGCGAAACUACCACAUAUUUUACUGCAUGCUGGCAGGAAUCACAGCAGAGGAGAAGAAAACGCUGAGGCUGGGGACUCCUGAGCAGUACACGUUCCUCACCAAGGGGGACUGCAUUGAGUGUGACAGCCGGAACGAUGCCGGAGACUUCACCCGCAUCCGCUCAGCUAUGAAAAUCCUGACUUUCUCAGAAGACCAGUUUCAGGAAAUCCUCAAGCUGCUGGCAGCUAUUUUACACCUGGGAAACGUCUGCUUCCAGGCCUCCACCCAGAAUAACAUGGAGACGAGUGGCGUCAGCAAAUCCGAGGACUUCUCCGUUUCUGCGUCCCUGCUGGAGGUGCAGAAGUCGUCUCUGGCCAAGAGUUUGACCCAGCGGUCUUUCCUGACCAACAAGGAGCGGGUGACCAAACCCCUGGACGCGGAGCAGGCGGCCGACUGCAGAGACGCCUUCGUGAAGGCAAUCUACAACAAGCUGUUUGCGUGGAUCGUUGAGAAGAUCAACGGCGUCAUCUACAAGAAGAUGGCCGGCAGCCCCAAGUCGUCCUUCCUGUCCAUCGGCCUGCUCGACAUCUUCGGUUUUGAGAACUUCGGUACUAACAGUUUUGAGCAGCUUUGCAUCAAUUUUGCCAAUGAAAAGCUGCAGCAGUUCUUCGUGGGCCACAUCUUCAAGCUGGAGCAGGAAGAAUACCUGAAAGAGGACAUCGUGUGGAGUAACAUCAGUUUCAGCGACAAUCAGGGAAUCCUGGACCUUCUGGCUGAGAAGCCGUGUAACCUGCUGGCCCUGAUCGACGAGGAGAGCAACUUUCCAAAGGGUUCAGACAUCACCAUGCUGAGGAAGAUGAACGCGCAGCACAGUAAGAACAAGGCUUACCUCGCCUCCAUGAGUGAACACGACACAGACUUUGGGAUCUGCCACUACGCGGGCGUGGUUCACUACGACACCAGUGGAUUCCUUGAGAAGAACAGAGAUGCUGUCAGCUUUGACAUCCUGAAGAUGAUCGGCACGUCCAAGAACAAACUCCUGGAGGAGAUCUUCAAAAGUGAGCUUUCAAACAAAGCACCGACGAUGGCCAAAAACAACAAAAUCAUCAUGACGCCCCACAGCUCCAUUAAAUCGCAGACGAAGGGUGAGACGCGGAGACACAUGCCGACGCUGAGCGGCCAGUUCCGCCUGUCUCUGGAUUUGCUCAUGAAGGCUCUGUCCGCCUGCCAGCCUUUCUUCAUCCGCUGCUUCAAACCCAACAAUGACAAGCAGUCCCAGACGUUUGACAGAGAGCUGUGUGUGCGCCAGCUGAGGUACUCGGGCAUGAUAGACACCAUCCGAGUCAGGAAGCUGGGAUUUCCUGUCCGACACUCCUUUAAGGACUUUGUGAAGCGCUACAGGGUCCUCCUGAAGACGACCGCCUGCAACCCCAAAACCAAGAGUGCGGUGGACUGUUGUGAAGCCAUCUGCAAAGCUGUGAUUCAGGAGCAGGAUGAGUGGAAAAUGGGCAGGAGCCAAAUCUUCCUGAAGGAUGCCCAUGAUGCUGUUCUGGAGCGGCUGCGGGAGGACGAGCUGAGCAGGGUUGCCGUGGUGAUCCAGAGAGUUAUGUUAGGACAUAAAGACAGGAGAAACUUCCUGAACAAACGGAGAGCAGUCAUGGUGUUGCAGAAGAACUGGAGAGCUUUUGUCGCCAGGAAAGAGAUUAUGGUCAAGCAUCGCUUUGAACGUUUGGUUUCAAAGAUCCACGGUCGAAAACUUCAGCAUCAGUACCAGAGACAGCAGGCGGCAGCACUCACCAUCCAGACCCAGGUACGAGGAUACCAGGCAAGGAAAGACUUGAAGAAGAAGAAGAAGGAGGCGGCCAUGCUGCUCCAGGCCCAAGCCAGAGAAGCCGAAGCCAGAAGAGCCAGAGAAGCCGAAGCCAGAGAAGCCGAAGCCAGGGAAGCCGAAGCCAGAGAAGCCCGAGCCAGAGAAGCCCGAGCCAGAGAAGCCCGAGCCAGAGAAGCCGAAGCCAGAGAAGCCGAAGCCAGAGAAGCCGAAGCCAGAGAAGCCCAAGCUAGAGAAGCCCGAGCCAGAGAAGCCCGAGCCAGAGAAGCCGAAGCCAGUGAAGCUCGAGCCAGAGAAGCAGCUCAAGCAAUGAGAAACGACCUGAGUCCCGGGCAGGAUUCUCCUCCGCACAUGCAGAACGAAAGCGAAGACAUGAUCGCUCUGGAGCUCCAGCAACGGCUGGAGGAAGUUAUUGCCCUGCAGAUGGAGGCCAACAGUGACUGGGACUCCCAGGAGAACGUACCAGAAAUCGUUGUAGUGGACUACAAGGAACAAAACACACCAGGAUCCAAGAUUACCCCCGAGCCAGGAGAGGAACCCCGGGAGGUCCCGGGGCAGGGCUUGAGGGUCUUGGCUCCAGCCUCCAGGUCAACGACCCCCACCUCUCCCAUGGAGGAGGAGGACGACAACUUUGACCACGAGACUGACGAGUUUUCCUUCUCCAAGUUCGCUGUGCGUAACUUCCAGGACGACGCCGACCACAGGCACACCCCUCAGAGACUCAAGAGCCCCCUCCUGGCCCACGAUGACGAGGGGGACGCUCUGGCGUGCCUGACCUUGUCCUGGAUUAUUCUGCGCUUCAUGGGCGACAUACCGGAGCCCAAAGCAGCGGACUCCAUAUCUAUGCUGUCGACCCCCGUCGUCCGCGACGUGCCGCACAGGCAGAACCGCCGGCUGAGCAGCCUGGUGGGACUGGACCAGAAAAUACUGAGGAAGAACAAGAAGAAGCUCGGAGGCAGGAAACCGUCUGCAAUCCUAGAGGAGCCGGAAAAUCUGACAGAGGAUGAAGACCUUCUGGUUGGAGAAGGCCCGACGUUGGACCGUCCCCUCACGUCUCUGGAGAAACUGCACAUUAUUAUUGGAUAUGCUCUAUCAAGACGAGACAUACGAGAUGAGAUCUACUGCCAGAUCUGCAAGCAGCUGGUGGACAACAGGAACCGGGGCAGCCGUCGGCAGGGCUGGAUCCUCCUCUCCAUCUGCCUGGGGAUCUUCCCUCCCACACACCUCUUCGUCAAGUACCUGCAGAACUUUGUUCAGAGAGGCCAGCGAGAAUACAGAGAAUACUGCACGGAGCGCCUGCGCCGCAUCCAGGCCAACGGAGAGAGGAAGGAGUUGCCGUGUUGGAUAGAGCUGCAGGCUGCCAACACCAAGCAGCCCAUAGACGUGUCUGUGACACUGAUGGACGAGCGUCAGAUCAGCGUGCAGAUCGAUUCAGCCUCCACCUCGGCUGAAGCCUGCCAGGCCGUGGCGCGCCAGAUAGGACUCAAGGACACCUACGGCUUCUCCCUGUACAUCAGCAUGUUGGAUAAGAUGUGGUCUCUGAGCAACUGUGGGAAGCACGUGCUGGACGCCGUGUCCCAGUGCGAGCACGAGAUGAGGAGGCAGGGCAAGCCGGAGAAGGAUACGCCCUGGAGACUCUCCAUACGCAAGGAGCUGUUCACGCCGUGGCACGACUGCUCCCGCGACCGCGUCAGCACCGACCUCAUCUACAAGCAGGUCAUCAAGGGACUCAAGUCUGGCGACUACACCAGCGAGAAGGAGGAUGAAUAUGUGCAGCUGGCGGCGAUGCACAGCUACAUCCGGUUGGGCUCGGCCCCCGGCCGAGAGGAAGUGCGGAGGGUGGUGGACGAGUGUAUCCCCACCACGCUCAUCGAGAACAAGUCCAUGACCAAGUGGAUCCAGCUCAUCACGUCAGCGCUCUCCGAGGAGCCGUACGCCGGCGGGAAGCAGGAUGCAGAGAAGGUGAAAGGAGCGCUGGUGGACGCGUCGCGGCAGAAAUGGCCGCUGGACUUCUCAAAGUUUUUUGAUGUCACAAUGACGUCAGGACCGCCGCUGCCCAAGAGCAGGUUUAUUGCAGCUGUGAACUGGAGUGGCAUCUUCUUCAUGGAAAGAAGAGACAAGAGAUUUCUGGAGAUCCCCUACCUGGAGGUGAAGAAGGUCAACAUGGAGAGUAGCUUCAAAGGCCAGUCUCUGAGUCUGAGCACGGUCCGAGGAGACUUCGUCCUCAAGUGUCCGGAGGCGGCAGACAUGGAGGACCUGAUGAACAGCAACCUGGAGGGGCUGAAGCAGCGCUCGGUGUACGCAGUGGCUCAGCAGGACGACAGUAAACCAAACGACCCCAUGUUCCUGGUCUGUAAGCGAGGUGACCUGCUGAUGGCGAAGAAGGAUGAGGAGAACUCCCCGGAGGAGAACUGGGUCCGAGCCGUCAACCAGAGGACUGGGGACAGCGGUGCGGUCUACAAGGACACGCUGCAGUUCCUCCCCACCCUGAGCAGGCCCACCGACGACAUGCUGGAACUGCUCACAUUGCAGAAGAAAACAAGCCUGUCAAACAACGCCGCUUUUGGAGAAGAGACGGUGGCUCCUGUUUCCUUAAAGGAGUUUGCUCUGGAGAACUUCAGAGCUCCCAGUAAAGCGGCCGCCAAAGGGCUGGGCAAGGAGAAGCUGUGGGCCAACUCCAAAGAACCGCUCAAGCAGCCGCUCAUCAGGACUCUGCUCAGCAACUCGGAGCUCAGCAGCCUGGCCUGCAACGCCUUCACUGCCAUCCUGAAGUACAUGGGCGACUACCCCAUCAAACACGCCCGCAGCCCGCUGGAGCUCACCGACCAGAUCUUUGGGCCGGCCACGCAGCACGAGGCCCUGCGGGACGAGAUCUACUGCCAGAUCAUGAAGCAGAUGACCAGCAACAGCAACCUGCUGAGCGUGGAGCGCGGCUGGCAGCUGCUGUGGUUGUGCACGGGUUUGUUUCCGCCUGGCCCGGAUCUGAAGCGGUACACGCAGCGCUUCCUGGAGUCCCGGCCCAGAGACCCGCUCUCCUCCGGCUGCCUGCAGAGGCUGCAGGAGAUCUGCAGUAAGACGCCCAGGAGCCUCCCUCCCCACCAGGCAGAAGUGGAGGCCAUCCAGCAGAACAGCCCGCAGAUCUUCUACAAAGUCCACUUCCCAAAUAAAACGGAUGAUAUAUUUGAAGUGUCGUCCACGACCACGAUCAAGGACCUGCGCUGCAGCAUCGCCUUCGAGCUCAACCUGAGCUCUCCGGACGGAUACGGCCUCUACAUGAAAACCACCAUGGAGAGGGUUACGAGCCUUGAUGAGCAGAAGUAUUUCUUUGACAACCUAAGGCAGCCCUCGGAAGUCCCUAAAAAAGCCAAAAAGACGAAAGAAGUACAUCAGGGUAACAUCCCGUGCGUGGUGAUGUUCAAGAGGAAGCUCUGGUUCAACGUGACGCCCGGCAAGGACUUGGUUGCAGACCUCACCUUCCACUACCCGCAGGAGGUCUCCAAGUACCUGCGGGGGUUCCACAACUGCACCAAGGAGGACAUGUGCAACCUGGGCGGGCUGCUGUUCCGGGUCACGGUGGACUCCGACAGGUCGCAGUUCGUCAUGAUCCCCAGGAUGCUGAACGAGCUGGUUCCAACCGACCGGCUCAAACUCAUGUCUCCUGAGGAGUGGAAGAAGAACAUAAUCUCUGCGUACAACAAGCAGAGUGGCAUAACGGUGCAAGAGGCCAAAAUCGCCUUCCUGAAGGACAUCUCAACCUGGCCCACCUUUGGUUGUGCCUUCUUUCUCGUUAAACAAACGUGUGAACCUAGCUACCCAACUCAAGUUAUGAUCGCCAUCAGCAAGCAGGGUGUCAACUUGAUAGACCCCGAAACCAAGGAGCUGCUGGUGUUGCACCCAUUCAGCCGCAUCACUGACUACUACAGCAGAGGUAACAUGUUCCAGAUGACCAUCCGCACCCUGGUGAGGGGCUUGAACUUCGUCUGUGAGACCCCACAGGCUUUCGCAAUGGAGGACCUCGUUACAUCGUACGUGAAGAUGUACGAGGGACAGAAGCAGGCCUUCCAGCCCAGAAACCAAAUCUUUGCCAGAAGCCUCUCCAACAAAAUGAAAUACUGACACGCUCAGGUUUCUAUUCAUUUUGUCCUGGUGUCUUCACAAUGAGCCAUUUGCUAAAGAUUAGAUGAUGAAACUCUCCCAAAUACAGAUUCUGUCUAUUAAAAAAAAAAAUCCCAACUUUUAAGUGUAAUAUUUCAAUUUAGUUGUAUUGUUUUGAUGUUUUUGAUUGCAUUUGUUCACAUCUGCUGUUGUAAACCACAACCAUGAGUUAGGUAUUAUGUAUAUUUUAUUUAAUUUCUACAUGAACUAUCUAUCCAAUAAAUUAAGCGUAUGUAAAACUGGCUGUAUGGUUGGCAGUACACUGCAAAAACUCUUACCAAGAAUAUUUGUCUUAUUUCUAGUUAAAAUGUCUCAUUUUUAGUCAAAAAAAAUCUCAUUACACUUAAAACAAGACUCAUCACUGGAAAAAACAACAAUUUUCACCUGUUU